AUGGAGGAGGAACUGAAGUGCCCCAUCUGCAAACAUUUCUUCUACAACCCUGUGCUUUUGCCGUGUUAUCACGCCCUGUGUCUAAACUGUGCCGUGUCCUCGCAACAGGAGACGGGGAAAUCCUCGUAUCCAUCGGAAGUCUCAUCUUCCUCGAUCGACGGGGAACAGGUAGAGAAGUCGAGCAAUAGUGGAUCAAGUGGAUGCGGUUCCGAGUGUCCGGACAGCGAUAACGUGAGCUUGUACUCAGAGGCCGACAGUGGAGUUGUUUGUACCAGUCGACCCAACAGUUACGUGGGUACGCCCAGUAUCCAGGGGAUCGUGUUUCCGCCGUUUCAACAGGCCGCCUUCUCCUUGACAUGCCCCGUGUGCCAAAAGAUCGUCUACUUCGACGAUAAUGGCGCUAAUAACCUCCCGAAAUACCGACUCAUGCAGAACGUCGUGGAUCGAUAUCAGGAGACGAAGAACCUAUCGAUGAAAUGCCAGUUAUGUGAAGCCAACCCGAAAGAUGCCGUGAUAAUGUGCGAACAGUGCGAGGUGUUUUACUGCGAAAAAUGUCGGGAAAGUUGUCACCCGUCGAGGGGUCCCUUGGCUAAGCACAGUCUCAUACCUGCCCUUCAAGGGAAAGCCAAUGUGCGAAUACGGAAUAAGGGUGCAGGUGUCAAGUGUUCCGAGCACUCUGAGGACACGUUGAGCAUGUAUUGCAUGCUCUGUCGAAUCCCCGUGUGCACGGCGUGCUUGCAAGACGGGAGGCACGCUAGACACGAUGUGCAAGCUCUCAAUGCCAUAUGCAAGGCGCAGAAGACGGAGUUGUCUUCGAGUCUGCAGUCCCUGUCAGAGCGAGCCAAGGCAGCAACAGAAUUCAUCCAUGCCUUGAAGAAGAAUGCCGAGUUUCUCAACGAUGGGUGUGCUGCAUUCGAGAACCAGUUGGGGCGUGAAAUGGAGAGACUGAUGAACGCCCUGAAGAGGAGAGAGGAAGAGUUGAGGGCAUGGGUCCGGGCAGAAAGAGAUCGGCGAGUGGCGUCUUUGAAGGAACAAGUCUCCUUGGCCACAGCCAAGUUGCAGAAGACCACCGGCCUCAUCCAGUUCUCCAUCGAUGCCCUGAAAGAAGGCGACCCCACUGCUUUCCUGCAGGUAGGAAAUAUGAUGGUGCAUCGAGUGGGGGGGAUGGAAAUGACCUGGUCGGGUACCCUCAUCGGGGAGGUACCCAGGGUGCCCACCGACCUGGACCUUACCCUGGACGACGCCCCCCUUCUCAAGGCCAUCCACCAGCUCCAUUUCGUUCAAAUGAAGCCGCCGGGAGCUCCGAGCCUCAUCCCGGAGGAGUGCAGCGCGGAGAACAACACGGUCACUCUCGCCUGGGCCCCGCAUCCUACGGCCCGCGUUGACGGGUACAUCCUGGAGCUGGAUGACAACAACCAGGGAUCCUUUAAGGAGGUGUACUGUGGACAAGAGACGGUGUGUACCGUUGAUGGCCUGCACUUCAAUACCGUCUACACGGCAAGGGUGAAAGCCUUCAAUACGAGUGGAGAGGGACCGUAUUCCGAACCCAUCUGCCUUCAAACAGCUGACGUGGCGUGGUUCACUCUGGACGGAAGUAGCGCCCCGCCGGAGGUGCGGGUCUCCAGUGACGGUCUGGGGGUCACCUGCGACUGCUACGAACACCGCAUGGUUCUCGGCUGCAUCGGGUUCUCCCGCGGAGUUCACUACUGGGAGUGGACGGUGGAUAAAUACGACGGGAACCCGGAUAUUGCCUUCGGGGUGGCCCGAUUCGACUCCGCCAGGGACCGUAUGCUAGGUAAAGAGGAUAAGAGCUGGGGAAUGUACAUCGAUUCCACCCGAUCCUGGUUCCUUCAUGGGGACAGUCACAGUCAGAGGACGGAUGGUGGAAUCGACCGAGGAGCGACAGUUGGGGUCCUUCUUGACCUCAACCGAAAAACCCUGUCCUUUUUUGUCAACGAGGAACCCCAGGGUGGAGUGGCAUUUCGGGAUCUGCAGGGGGUCUUCUACCCGGCAGUGAGUCUCAAUUGUAAUUCCUCUCUCACGUUGCACACUGCCUUGGAUCCGCCGACUGACCACGAAAGCGAAGGAGAAGGCUAAAAAAAUAUAUAUCUAUCCUUCUCAUCCUCUGCCAUGGCCUGCAACUACUUCUAUUGUGAUGUUUCUCCCCGCCCCCUCUCGUGUACAGCGGAGUCAGAGUUUAUCGAAUUGCCCAUCUUUUAUUCUUUACAUUUUCCCGAUAAGGAGGACUUCGUUUUUUUUUUCCACAUCCGAGUAGAGGCUCUUUCCCAUAUCAUUGCCUUAGUUUCGUCUUCCUUGAUCUCAGAAGGCUUCUUUCUUUUCUCCGUGUUGUUUGAAGCAAAUGAGCAGAAGAUAAAGGAAAAUGUGUUUUGCGUUCUAGUCAAGAAUUUACACAUCUCUAAACAGUGCCUGUUACAUAUCAACGUCUGAGGCGAAAUAAACAGGGGAAAAAAAAACUUUAUUGUUCAUUUAUCGUGGAAAUUCAGAGCAGGAAGAGGAAGUGCCUUCGACUCUUCUCAUCUCAACAAAUCUUGGGCUCUCGUGAAUCCACUGCCAAAAAUACAGGACGUUGAACCUAGAGAGAAACUCGGUGUAGUGUUCGUAUUCUCAAGUGUGGGUGUAAAUGUGUGACUUGGAGAAAAAGAAGUAUUGGAAUAAAGAUGAUUGUGAACGGA